AUGGCGGCGCGGCUCUGCGGCGGCGGCCGGCCGGGCCGUGCCCGGCGCCCUCCGCCCCGCCCCGCCGCUGUCGCCGAGGCCAUGGCGGCGGCGGGCGGCGGCAGCGGCGCGGAGGGGGGGAGCGGCGGCGGGAAGGAAGGGGAAGAGCGGCCGGGCGCAAGCUGGUACCUGGCCGCCUGCCGGCGGUACGGCGUGACCCCCGUCUCGCGCGUCCUGGGGCGCGCGGGGGGCCCGCGGCUGGCCGUGGGGCACCGCGGCCUCGGCCCGCAGGGUGCCAAAGCUUUAGCUCUUUUCUUGAUGGUCAAUACUUCUGUCAACAACUUAAACCUGAGUGAUAACUGGCUUCAGGGAGAAGGAGCAGCUGUAAUUGCUGAGAUGCUAAAAGAAAACUGCUACAUUUCAGCUGUUGAUUUAUCUAACAACAAAUUAGGAGCUGAAGGAGCCAAGGCCUUUUCUGGUAUGCUUCUACAAAAUACUACAAUUGUAUCCCUUCAGCUCUCAGGAAAUGAAUUUGAUGACCAUGCAGCUAAGUACUUAGCAGAUGCCCUUAUAGCAAACAGUAAAGUGGAAAUUCUGGAUCUGAGUUACAACAUGCUUGGUGACAAAGCAGGUGAAGUUCUUGGAAUGGCAAUAGCAGAAAACAUUGGAUUAAAGGAACUUAAAAUCAGCUGGAACCAUUUCUGUAGCCAAGGGGCAGCUGCUUUAGCCAAAGGCUUGGGGGCAAACAUAUAUCUCAAAGUGCUGGAUGUCUCCUACAAUGGCUUUGACAACAGUGGAGCAGCUGCCUUGGGGGAAGCCCUUAAAACCAACAGUGUGCUAGAAGAGCUCAACAUAAGCAAUAAUCGCAUUUCAGUGGAAGGAGCUCUGCGCUUUGCACUAGGCCUGAAAGAAAACAAGACUCUGAAAAACCUUAACAUGACCAGAAAUCCCAUGCAGAGUGAAGGCUGCUUUGGAAUCCUCAAAGCUCUACAGGCAAAUUCUGACACAAGUGUAGAGAUCCUGGACUUGCCAAUAUCUGCAAUGACCGGAACUCAGUCUCUUGAGAAGUGCAGGAGCAUCCCCAUGGAUGAGAGGCCUGUGUAACUGCCUCCUUUUUGAUCGUCAGCUUUGUGUGUAGGAACAUUCGUCUGGAAGGGCUGGGGCUCGGUGGAACACCAUGUGCAGCAGCUGCCACUGGCAGUUGGUGGUGCUUGAAUCCACAAAAAACUACAGUAGGAUCAGUGCAGCUGGAGAUUACACUUAUGUAGGAAGAAAGGUCCUAUCCAGAGAUGUGCCAUGAAUAUAUGCUUUCUGUCUUAGGCUUGUUAUCUUAUUAGACAGUCAGGAUUGCCUUUGCAAAGUUGGCUGUCACGUGGCACUAGUGACUCAUUUUCAGCUGCUUCCUACCAGAAUUCCUUAGCCUUAUGUGGAGGCCAUGCUCUCCAUGAGGGAGCCACUUUCCAAAAAUGUGGUUGGCAUUCUUACUUCCUGGAUGUGCGCUCCUGCUUUCUUCAAUGUUACAUUGGAAGGGUGCUAUAAGCUGCCUGGAAAUGGGACAGGUGCGCAGUGGUAACUCAAUAUCCUUGGUAUGCGGCCAAGCUUCUUUGGAGGGGGGAGAGGCUGAGAGAUUGUUAUUCCUCCCCUCCCCACCCGAAGGGAUUCUUUGGGGGAUGAGAGGCUGAGGGAGGGAGACAGGAGUCACAGCUGUGCAGCUGUGCACUAAGCAGUGUAUCUUAACUCUUCCUCCCUUGGCAUCCGUGUGAAGAGGUUAUUCUUGCAGCUGUUUCUGCGAGGCUGGGAGAGGAGCUGAGAAUCCCCCAUCCCGGUGGUGUGUGGCUCGGGCUGGAGGCUCUAGCUGCUCUGCCCUGAACCAGAGGGCAGCAAACCCCAGCAAUGUUGGAGGCCCACUGUAAUGUAGUUGAUACUGUGAAAAAAUAACCGUCUUUCAUUUCCUGAAGGUUUUCAGGGAUUUUCUUAACAAUUGUAUUGCAAACUCUGCUGGUAAAAUGCAUGCAACACUCUUUUUUCUUUCUUUCUUUCUUUCUUUUUUUUUCAUCUGUGGCUCAAACUGGACAAGCCUGGUCUGUCCCUUAGUGUGUCCAUGUGCGCUGGGUUUGAUUUUCUCUUUAGCUAACACUGACUGGCAGGGGCUCGGAGAUCCAGGCAGCAUUCUCCUGGAAACCAGUGGUGGCACCUGUCUGAGGAGGCAGCUCACUAAGGGAAGGACCAAAAUUCAAGACAGCUUUUGCCAGUCUCCUUGCAGGUGGUUGGUGCCCUGUACUUUGCUUGAAUUUUUUUCCUAGAGUACAACCAUUAUAAUUUUUGUUUCAUUUAGCUAAUGAAUGUGCCUUCACUUAGCAUCACUUCUCAGCAAAUGAUGAGGUUUAACUUCUUUAUCUGAAAAUAACUCUAUGCAAUCAUGAUUUGCCAAGCAGAAUCGGACCUAUAAUUGUGCAAAUUAUCUUACAUUUCUAUAUCUAAUAAAUAAUAGUUUCUGUGCUUUGAACUCAUACCUGUCUGUUCACAUGAUUCUGCAAAGUUUCUUACAUGCUAUAUGUUCUGUAAAUAUUGAUUAUUUCCGGGAUUUUCAAAACCAUCUUGAGUCCCUCUCAAUCUCUUAAGUGAAAAACUCAUGUAUUAAACACCAAAGCUAUAACAGGUCAUGAUUUAAAUCAGUAUAAAUACUUAUAUUUUAAAGUAUUUAGUCAUCGCAUAUUUUUUCUCUGACUUCUUUUACCCUUAGUCCUUCCUAUACUCCCCAAAAAAGAAUUGCAAGUUAAAAUUGUAUGAAGAGUAAAGUAGAUAAAGAAUUAAUGCACACCAAGUCCUUUCUUAUUUACCAGCUGGUGUAACUA